UGGGCAAAUCAGAGUGAUGACUGUAUAUAUUUUAGUCAUGAAGUCUGUUAUUGUUUUGUAUCGGGUGAAAACAUAGUCUCUUCCCUGCAAAGAUUUAAAGAAAGUUGACACACAGCAGACAAGGAGUAGCGAUUUAUUUUUUGAUACCCGUCAUGCAUGCAUUGAUGCAGAUGAGGUAUCCGAUCCAAAACUUGGAGGUAUCCAUUUCUCCUUCCGGCACACCAAGUCCACCAACUUUCACAUUCGUGAACCGUUAUUACGAUCCACACAGAUUGCAAAAUAAUAAUAAUAAGGCGCCUUUCCACUCACACAAAAACAGUCCGAGUAUGACGGGUGCCAGGGCGGCGCCAAAGAUAUCAUCGAGGAAGCUAGAUUUCAGUAUCGAAUCCAUCCUGGGGCUGGAUAAGUCCGAUAAGUUCAGCCCCGCCGUCAGCCGCAUCUGUGAAGGCGAUUGCCGGGAAGCGAGAUUACUGACGCCGAAAACCUCUUACUCGGUGGCCACGGUUUAUCCGGAUGCUCUUGAAAUCGACAAAAAAAGCAGAAAUGAAGAGUCUGAUAUCGACACUAGGUAUACAUUACUAUCAUCCACAAGUUCCAACACUAAACCUUCGAAUUCGAAUCAUCAAAAAAGUCCUCCUCAUCACGGAGUGGGCAAAGCAAAAAGAAUUCGAACUAUUUUUACUCCAGAUCAACUUGAAAGGCUCGAAUGUGAAUUUGAAAGGCAGCAAUACAUGGUGGGACCAGAGAGGAUGUACCUAGCUUCAGCCCUCAACCUCUCAGAGAGCCAGGUUAAAAUAUGGUUUCAAAACAGACGAAUAAAAUGGAGGAAACAACACCUCGAAAUGCAACAAGCGAGAUUGGCGCAACUGAGAGAGGCGGAAACGGUAGAGAAUAAUGAAAGUGAUUCGGACCAAACGGCGAAAGAACAGUCGCCAAAUCAUUGGGAGAUCAUGACAGAAGACAGAAACUGAGAUUUCUCUAUAAUCAUUUCUACGUUCAUCAGAUUGAGACUUCGUUAUCGACAGUUUUGAAAAUAAAAUCAAACGCCAUCUUACAAGACACAUGACUUUAGUUACAUAAAGCUAAGAAGUUGAUA